CUUAAAGUGCUGAAAUUAAAAGUUUAACGAAGAGGCCUUUACAAAUCUUGUUAUUAAUUAAAUAAAACGAAAGAUUCAGAUAAAAAAGAAAGACGUUUUUGAAUUAAUUAAUGUUUUUACAAAAGAUGAAGAAGUGAAUAAACAAACAAGGCUGUCUUCUGUUUUGUAAUUUUGGUGUGUAAAAAAUAUUAAAAAGGAGACUCAAAGCUUUCCUGAAGGAAAUUUAUUAAAGAAUUUAAGCUCCAUAAAAAAAAUUUCGAUGAAAUCAAACGGCAAUAUGGAGGCUGGUUACAUCAAUGAAGAUGAAAUAGAGCCCGUCAUGGAUGAAGGUGGCCAGUUGAAGUCAAAGAACGGUCAAAAAUACGUAGUGAACCCAUAUCGAGACGCUGAAGGAUUUUAUGUAACCCGUUCUUGCGCAUUUAUUUACAUUAUAUUAUUCAUUAUCAUGAUGAUCUUAACUGCUCUGCUAACCUACGUUUUAUUAGUGCCGAGUUGUGCGAAUGACUCUGUAAAUGGCAGCGUGGUCCACGCAGGAAGUGUAUGGAAAUCAUCACAAGAUCUUGAAGAUCAUGGUCAUAUUAACGGAGAUGGAGUUCUUAGUGACCAAGCGAUUGUUUUAAAAACUACUGAAGAACCACUAGUUGAAGAUGAGAUAGAAUUUCAUGAAGGUUGGGCUCCCUCGCACUAUGACUUGCUUCUUGAACCUCAUAUUGAAAAUUCAACUUGUUCUGGACGUGUCAACAUAUGGUUAACAAGAAAUCAUGAAACCAAAGAAUUAAAUCCAAUUGUACUUGACAUUACUGACAUCGAAAUCACUGACUGCAGCGUAUUCAAGGUUGAUAGCAUGAGAAAUAAUAUUCAAGAAGAUCUGCAGUACAAUUGUGAAUAUGGAAAAGAUAAUGCGAGUUAUGUUAUCACACUUAAAGAGACGAAACAUAGUUUGACGAAUGUUUCUGUGAUCUUGCAAUUUUCAAGUAAAUUGACAAACACUUUACAAGGGUUUUAUAAAGGAAACUUCUUCAAUGACGACACAAAGUCAAACAGUUGGUUUGUUAGCACUCAAUUCUCACCAAUUGAUUGUCGUAGAGCUUUUCCAAGUAUUGACCGUCCAUAUGCUAAAGCAACAUUUAAGAUCAGCAUAAUAAGACCAAUUGAAAAGACAACAUUCAUGUCCAAUAUGCCAGUAGAAUCGAGCGAACCCGUACGACCCGGUUUCAUUCGCGAAAAUUACAUGAUCACGCCGAAAAUGUCAACUUAUCUUGUCGCGUUCCACAUUUCUGAUUUGAAAGUUGCUAAAGAAUCAGAUCCAAACGAUAAAUCACUGCCUCAUAUCAAGAUGUAUGCUCGUCCCGAAUAUGAAAACAUGACUAACUUCGCGUACAAUUUGACUGCCGCAUCACUGCCAUUUUUUGAGAGAUAUUUCGGUGUUGAGUUUCGUCUUCCAAAGAUAGACAUGGUAGCUGUUCCCGACUUUGGAUUUAAUGGAAUGGAGAAUUGGGGAUUGAUAACCUUCCGUGAGUCAGCAAUGCUUGCACCAGAAAAUACAAAAAAGAGCUCUUCAGUAAAUCAUCUUCAAAAUCUUGCAAAGACUCUUGUUCAUGAAGUGGCGCACCAAUGGUUUGGAAAUUUAGUCACCAUGAAGUGGUACGAUGACUUGUGGUUGAAAGAAGGCUUCUCGACUUACCUUCAAUAUGUUGCAACGGAUGCGAUUAAACCCGAGUGGGAUUAUUUAAAAACGAUAACGAUGAGUGAAUUCAGCAAAGCAAUGCCAAAAGAUUCCGAUACAUCAUCACAUCCAAUAUCUUUUCCUGUCAAAACGAAAUCCGACAUUCGACGUGUUUUCGAUCCAAUUUCAUAUUCAAAAGGCGCUUUAAUUAUUAACAUGAUGCGAAGCUUUCUUGGUGAAACAACCUUUCGAAUGAACUUGAAGAAUUAUUUGCAUAAAUUUGAAUAUGGUAAUGCAAUUCAGGAUGAUUUGUGGGAAGUAAUGACAAUUAAUGCACAUAAAGACAAAGUGCUUGACGAGAGAUUUACAGUGAAGCAAAUCAUGGAUUCAUGGACUGUGGAUAGUGCUGGUUAUCCAGUCGUUACCGUCACAAGAAAUGGAACUGACAUUAUUGUUUCACAACAACGUUACAUGCUGCCACAAACUAAUGAAAGUGACACAACCAAAUGGUUUAUUCCAAUUUCCUUUGCCACAUCAAAACAUCAACCAUCAUCUGAGAUUCCCGAAUAUUGGCUGCCAAAUACUGAAAAGGAAAUUGUCAUACCUAAUGUUGUUGCUGAAGACGAAUGGAUUUAUUUGAAUCUUAAUCGAAGUGGUUAUUAUCGUGUCAACUAUGAAAAUGUGUCAUGGAAGAAUCUGAUAAAUAAUUUCGGGAAACUCCCUGAAGUGGCUCGAGCAAUGUUAAUUGAUGACAGUUUUAAUUUGGCUCGUGCUGGUUUAUGUUCUUAUGAUAUUCCAAUUACAAUGGGAAUUAUUAUCAUACGAGAUCCUUAUGAUUUUCUCGCUUGGUGGGCGUUUGCUAACGGUUUAGAUUACAUCACUAACAUGGUGAAACGUGAACCAGCAUAUGAAAGCUUCAGAACAGUUAUUAAGCACAUUAUAAAGACUCCCUACAAUGAAUUGGACUUUACAGAAUUAGACGACGAGACUGAUGUUGAACUUCUUCAUCGUUCCCGUAUCAUUGACUUAGCUUGCGAAUUUGGCAUUGAUCGAUGCACAAACAAAGCGCAAUUAUUAUUCCGUGAUUGGAUUGGAAAUAAAGUUGAAAACAAAAUUCCACCAAAUCUUAAAUCAACAAUUUAUUGCAUAACAUUGCGUGAAGGUGGAGCGACAGAAUGGAAUUUUGCUUACAAACAAUAUCAAGAAACGACGAGUGCUUCAGAGAAAGAAAUUCUUUUGUCGGCAUUGGGUUGCACUCAAAAGCCGUGGCUUCUAUCCAAAUAUCUGAACUUGACAAUAACAGCAAACUCGCCUAUUAGAAAGCAAGAUGGAGCGCGUGCCUUCGCAGCUGUUGCUAAGAAUAUUGUGGGAUCAGAAUUGGCUUUUGAUUUUCUUUACACAAACAUUGCAGAGAUUUCUGAGUACUUUGGCGAUGGGUUCAGUACAAUAUCAAAGAUGAUCGAUUCAGCUACAACAUUCAUGAAUAAACUUUAUCACAAAGAACAGUUCGUAAGAUUUGCUGAAAAAGCGAAUAAACUUGGACUGGUUGCUAUUGAGAAGAGCAUUAAACUUGCUGAAAUUGAAAUCGACAAAAAUAUUUACUGGCGUGAUAAUCUCUACUCGAAAUUGAAAGAUAUUCUUGACAAAGCUGUUCAACAACUUCGGCUCACUGCUUAAACAACACCUACAAUGACUUUAAAAAAGGUAAAAUUGAUAAAGUAUUAAAGUCUAUGAAUUUACGCAAUAUAAAGAUGAGAAGAAAAAAGCAAAAUUUCCACUUCCUUACCCAAGUCGAUGUGAUAAAAAAAACAAGAAAGAAAAAAGAAAUGUUCGUCACUUCGCGUAUAAUUUUCUAGCAAUUGCGAUGUUUUUCCUUAAAUUCAGUUAGCUCAUUCGUCACGAAUAAUUUAAUGUUAUUUUUGUGGUAAGCAUCAUCGAGGAAAUAAAAAAAAAAAGUCAAUGAUAAACCAUCGAUUAGAGUUUAAGAUUUUAGUUGAUAAGUGUGGGGAUUGUUAUGAGUGUUGUCAUCGAGAUUGAAAAAGAAAUUAAAUUUGAUUACAAUGUGAGUUGUUUAAAGGUUUCAUAGAUGAUGACUUCACUUUAAAAAGCACCUCAUGAGUUAAAAUGAUAACAACAUUAAGCAGGGAAAAUGAAACGUCUUCAAGAAUGAUAGAUUUGUUUAUUUAAUAUCCCUGAGAUAAAUAAUCUGAAGCUUCCUUUCUAAGAAGAAAUAAAGAAAUAUUUUUUCAUAAAUCUUACAUUAAUAACAUUGUUUAAUGAAAAGAAAAUUUCCAAGUAAUAAAAUUUCUUUCUCAAGCAUUUUUCAUCGGACAUGCAAAGUUUAUAUUUUCUCUAUGUUUUUGAAAUAUGAUUUUUGAGAACAUAAUUCGGCUGUGUUUCCUUAAACAAUCUUCAUGAACGACAUUUUCUUUAUGAUAAUUGAAAAACCUUUGACUAGUCUUUGUUUUGCCAUAUAAAUGAUUAAUAUGAAAAAAAUUGUGUCAGUGAAUAUAAAUAAAAAAUUUUAAUUGCUUUAACGCAGUUUUUAUAAAAUAUUAAAUACUGAAAACUUCACAGCAGAAAACUUUAUAAAAGAAAAAUAAUUAAAUUUAUUGGAAUUCUUAAACAUGCAACUGAUGAUGCCUUCUUAUCGAUGUCUUGAAGAAUAAUUAAAUACAUUAAACUUAAUAAUUGUCACGUUCUUAUAAUAAUAAUUGAUAAUUCAUACAAGAAAUGCAUAUUUUUAUAGCAUCUUACUUCUGUCUUAGGUCUUUUUGUAUUAUAAUUUAUUUAAAGUGUGUAAAAAUGCUUGCAAUGUUUAAAUUCUAAGAAAUUAUUGUGUAAAAGUUGAGUUAAGUUGAAAAUAAAAAUAAAAAUUUAAAUUGUCUUAUGGACCAUAUUUCAAAAGUUUGUUUACAUUUUAUUACUUAAUGUUUGUUUAUGUAUGACGAUUUUCA